CGAUUCAUUUACUCUGAAAAUAUACGUAUUAAGAGUCUGAAGUCUGAAUAAAUCUCAUAUCCUGCCCUAAACUCUCAAUCACAAUCUAUAAGAUUCUACUUUGAAUCGCCCUUUUUUCCAACCAACAUUAUAUAUACUGUACAUAAUUUAUGUAUGAUCGUUUAGUUAUGAAAGUAUCUCAUUCCAAUCGCACGAUCUUUUUCGAAACUAUAUUUUUUACAUUAGCUAGUUGUUAGUUUUUACGUUAGGGGUGCUAUAAUACUUCUAAGAUACUAGUUUUUGUCAGAAGAUCGUCUUAUGCCAUUCUAAAGUGCAUACUCAAACCUGCCACCAUUUGCCUUGAUUUGCCUGCACAGUGUGCACGAACAAAGGUGCAUCGUACAUAAUAGAUUUAUCGAAUUUGUUGGCAAUGGGUCGCAGAAAAAGUAAACGUCAAGCUCCACAAAGAAAGAGAGCGAUCGAACCUAUGGAGACGCAAUUUGCAUGCCCAUUUUGUAACCACGAGAAGUCUUGCGAAGUUAAAAUGGACAAAAGUCGUAAUACGGCAAGAAUCUACUGCAGAGUUUGUUUAGAAGACUAUCAAACUACCAUUAAUGGAUUAUCAGAACCAAUUGAUGUUUACAACGACUGGAUUGAUGCCUGUGAUGCGAUUAAUUGAAUAUCACUAUAUAACACAGUCAGACUUAAUUUGACUUGCGUUGACCGCAUAAAUAACUUAAUUCAUCAAUUCACGUAUUAUACAUUAUGUAAAUAUGUAUGUUGGGUCAUACAAUCAUAGAAGAUGACGUGAAUAAUGAACCAAUAUUUUUAUACUGGAUUUAAUUUAUGGAUGUACUUGGACGGACUGCAACAAUCUUCCUCAAUAAUUCAAUUGAAGAAGAUAUACAUGUAUACAAAUUAACAUCUUAAAUAAAGCUAAUUGCAAACUA